UUUAGCAGUAACCCGUUCUUCAAUCAAAGCACACCCUGUAAACUCGGAAGCAACUCCGAGUUAGGGUUUCCGAGUGGGCAUGGCCGAUUUCCAAACCUCCACUCACCGAUCUAAGUGGAUCUUCACUCCUCAAGACCUGAUUGAAAAGUACAAAGCUGCCAAUCAGAGAGCAAAACAAACAUUGGAGAAGUAUGGAGUAACACGCAUUGAAGUAGAUGCUGAUGGGUCAUUGCAAUACCCUGAACCUCAAAUUAGUGCAAAAGACAAUGCUGAAAAGCGUUCUCGACCCAAACCACUUAAUUUUGAAGAGGAACGAUUUAUGCGGUCAUUCUAUGAGUAUAAGAUUCAAGAAGUAUGUGCAGCCUUCUCUUUCCCUCACAAAAUUCAGGCAACAGCUCUCAUAUACUACAAAAGGUUUUAUCUGCAGUGGUCGGUCAUGGAACAUCACCCAAAACACAUAAUGUUAACCUGCAUAUAUGCAGCUUGUAAGAUAGAAGAAAACCAUGUAUCAGCGGAGGAGCUCGGUAAGGGGAUUGCACAAGAUCACCAAAUGAUUCUCAAUAAUGAGAUGAUAGUUCUUCAGAGUCUAGAUUUUGAUCUUAUUGUUUUUGCACCAUAUCGUUCAGUUGAAGGUUUUGUUGAUGACAUGGAGGAGUUCUGCCAAGCAAAAAAUGACCAGCUUCAAAUGUUGAAGGAUUUGCACAAAACUGCAAAGAUGGAAGUAGACAAGACCAUGCUCACAGAUGCGCCACUUCUAUUCCCUCCUGGCCAGUUGGCAUUGGCUGCUUUGCGGAGGUCAAAUGAGGUGCACCAAGUUCUUGACUUCGAGAGAUAUCUGAGCAGCAUCCUCUCUCGACAGGAUUUUUCACACGCCUUCUCAGAGCUCACUGAAUCUCUAAACGCAAUAGAUUCUUGGGUAAUGAAACAUCAAGUCCCUACAACUGAAGACAUGAAGCAUAUUGAUCGAAAACUGAAAUUUUGUUUGGAUCCUAGCUCACAUGACAAGAGUAAGAAAAGGGAGAAGAAAUCAAAGCACAAAUCCAAAAGAAGUGCAAGUGAAAUGCAAAACUUACCUCCUGGUGCUUAACUGUGGAUGGACCUUCUCCUCACACCCUUAAAAGCCGGUUUCUCUCCAGAAUACAUUCCAAAAACCUCCUGAUACCACAACAGACAAUACACACAUCUAA